AAUUUAUUUGUAUUUUAGCGACAUCUUGUGGUGGUGUUUUGGAAAUACCACGCAUACGUCAUCAAACGUCACCAGGAAGUAAUGGGAAAACAAGGCACCAUCAUGGCGGAAUGCACAGACACACAUCCUUCUGCUGGUGUUGAGGACAUGCCUGACCUCUCGGAUGCUGACGACUCCGGUGAUGACGAAGAGCAGUGGCAGUGGAUGGAAGAGGACAGCCAACACAUUACCUGUUUGUUUUGUGACAAAUUGCUAAAUUCAGUCACUGAGACCCUGCAGCAUUGCACAGUUGAGCACCAUGUCAACCUUGUCGAUGUGAUAAACAAACACAAUGUAGAUGACUACAGUUACAUAAAGCUGAUCAACUUCAUACGCUCAACGAAAUGUGAACCAUCACACCUGAUGGGGCUGCCAGACGGUCCCUUACCGUGGGAGAGUGAAGACUUCCUCAGGCCCGUCAUACAGGAUGACCCUCUACUCCAAACUGACCCAGAGGAGCUUUGUGGUCAGCAAGGGGCGGGGCUGUCAACAUUCGAGCCAUCCGGGGCACAGUCCCACCAUGCAAUAUUGCAGAGGGCAACUGCUGCUGAGGAGAGGGCCCGUCUCUCAGAAGAGGCUCUGGCUCGAGCCAUGGAAGACAUGCACAAGCUCAAGCUGCUGGCUCAGGGUUUGGUGCUGAAUGCGGAAACCAGAAGAACCUCUAACAUGGGCAGUAUAGCCGAGCUUCAAGAUGAUGAGGACGAAGCGUACUUCAGCUCCUAUGGGCAUUAUGGCAUUCAUGAGGAGAUGCUGAAGGAUAAAGUGCGAACUGAGAGUUACCGAGACUUUAUGUACAGUAACCCUGACGUGUUCCGAGACAAGGUUGUUUUAGAUGUGGGUUGUGGUACCGGCAUACUAUCAAUGUUUGCUGCCAAGGCUGGCGCCAAGAAAGUCAUUGCUGUUGACCAGUCGGAAAUCAUCUACCAGGCCAUGGACAUAGUCAGGUCAAACCAGCUGGAGGACAAGAUCACUUUCCUCAAAGGCCGCAUAGAAGACAUCUGCCUCCCUGUAGAGAAGGUGGACAUCAUCAUCUCUGAAUGGAUGGGUUACUUUUUGCUGUUUGAGUCCAUGUUGGAUUCAGUCUUGGUGGCCAGAGAUCUGUAUUUGGCUGAUGGUGGCUCAGUCUUCCCAGACCUUUGUAACAUCAGCAUGGCAGCAAUUGGAGACAAACAGAAGCACCAGGAACGCAUUGCAUUCUGGGAUGAUGUGUAUGGAUUCAACAUGGCAUGCAUGAAGAAGGCUGUGGUGCCAGAGGCUGUGGUAGAAGUGGUGAAUGCAGACACUCUCAUCUCUGAGCCUACAGUCAUACAGACAAUUGACUGCAACAGAGUGUCCCUGUCAGAGUUGGAGUUUGCGUCUGACUUCUGCUUGAAGAUUACCAACACCACAGACUGCACGCAUCAACGCUGCUUGUCUUUGGGAUUUACGGAUGAUUAUUGACCUGCGCGAGGCUCUGCUGCCAUAAAGAUACAGAUCUGGAGUCAGUAUUGUCUGCAGAUUUUCAGUGGUAGUUAAGGUUAGGAUGUGUGAAGGGUAAACUGCUCCUGGAUCAGUGCUCAGGGAUUGUGAGAAAGGGCUGCUGCGCCUCUCGCCCAAUGAUGGAGCGCCUGCUUUUGUUCUCCUGUCGACACUCCAUUCAUCAGCUCAGCCUGCCUAACCUUGCAUUAAAUGAACAGCACAACCCCUGCGUCUGUGCCGCUCACACACAAGAUAAAUCCUUGCUCUUAGUUUUUUUUUUUCCCCCCAGCCACCCUUUCUUUACCCCUUUUUACAUUUCAUAGGCAUGUACAUAUUUAGUCUGCUUUCAAAUACUGUAGCUCGCAACCACAAAAAGAAUAUACUAGUGACAUAAAACAAGUUUUUCCAGUUCCUCAUCAUAACUUAUACAUAAAAUAAGAGGACACGUUAAAUUCAUGUAGUUUAUGUUUGUACAUUUGGCAAAUUACUUUAAUUUGCAAUGGGAAUGGAAUAUUUUCAGUGACCUGGUGUUUAGGCCAUGUAGCUCCGCAGGAAGUGAGUAUUUCUCAUCAGCUCUGAUGGAGGCAGCAGGAGAUAAUGACAUUCAUUUGAAAGCUUUAUUACUCCUGAGGGGCAAAAAAUGUCUCGGUGGUCAUCUCUCACGCACAAGUUCUGCUAACAAACUAUAAACUAUAAAACUAUACUACAAACACAAUCCAUGCACGCCUGAAGAUACUGCAAGUGCGCCAAUGGUCACGUACAGUUGUUAAUCCAAAGGUGUAUCUUUAAUACGGCAGUGUAUAUUUGUGUUGAGAAUAUGACAGAGAUCCAGCAAAAUGUCUGAAAUGCAUUUAUCACACGCAUUUUAGCACAUCGCCUUUUCUUAAUUUAGGUUAAAAAUAUGUAACAUUUGCUUAAAUAUACAUUUUCUCCAAUAAUACAUUGGCCAUAGUCAACCGUGAAGCAGCAUUCAUUCAUAAUUUAAAAACAAAAGAACAAAAAAAAAACUGCAAGAGAGUGAGGGAGCGUGGAGACAGGCAUGACUGUAUCCCAAUAUUGGCCAGGACUUCCAUUACAAACAAAAGCAAUAUUGGCAGCAGCUCUUACCAAUGUCGGGUCUCAUCUUGUGUAGUGUUGGGCGAUGUGGACCUUAGCAUAUAUCAUGAUAUUUUUUAUAAUGUAUCACAAUAUGAAAAUAUAACAUUUAAAUUCAGCAGAAUCUUGUAUAACUUUGCCCGUGGUUGUGAUUAAAGGGGACCUAUUAUGCUCAUUGUCCGGCCCUUUGUAUCGACUUGUGAACUCCAAUAGAGCAGCUACACACAAUAACCAGCACAUAAAGCUUUCUAGAUCUUUCGGAAUCUGCACCUAUUCUAGCUGUAUUUCUAUGGAUUUUGUGCUUCCUGUGAAAACGGUGUGUUUUAAUUUAUUCCACCCAUGGCACGCCCACU